AUGCUUGGCAAGCUCCUGGUGUCGACAUGCCUCGUGCUCCAGCUUACCACGGCACUGGGAAUUCUUCCGCGAUUUAAUGCGCCACCGUUGGACGCAGCGUUUGCGCACCACCGCGACGCAGAAAAUAUCCGUUACGCCGCCUUCGGCGACUCCUGGGCAUCAGGAGUGAACUACGGGCCCCCAAACGCCGACCUAGAAUAUGACUCCCCCAACAAUGAAGAGCUAUGCCGCUGCCGGCGUGUCAACGAAGCAUACCCAGUCCAGCUGCGAGACGACCGCAACAUAUCCUGGGCGAACGGCAAGAAGCCCGAUCUAGACUUCGUGGCCUGCCAUGGAGCUUUCUUCGACGCGAUACCAGACCAAGUCAGACGGCUGAACCAAAGCGUCACUCCGCGCUUCGCGACGCUCAUGAUCGGUGGCAAUAACGGCGGGUUCCCGGAUAUCAUUGAGAACUGCAUCUACCAGCCCAAAAGAGAUAAGGACUAUGGGCCAGAAUAUCCGGACCCGAGUGGCGAGUGCUUCAAGGCGCUGCAGCGGGCUCGUUGUGCGGUCACUUCGUGGACGUUUGUGAAGGGGAUCCGGAAUUCGAUCAACGCAGUCCUCGACGAGUCGCGUAUCAAGCGCGAUACUAAUUUCCGGCUCUACGUCCUCGGCUACGCGGACCUCUUCAAUCACGACGACCGUGCGUGCGACGAUUGGAGCUUUGGUGUCUGGCCCGGCAAGCAGCAGAAGCUCAGCACAGUGCUUCGUAAGGACAUCAAUCUCGUGAUCGACGCUGGCCGCUUCCUGUAUGACAAGCUCAUUAACCGUGUGCUCCAUAAUUCAAAGGUUCGCUAUAUCGACAUCAAUGCUGCAUUCGCCAAGCACAGAUUCUGCGAGCCGACGGAGGAGGGAACGCUGGCGGCGCAGGCGGCGAAUAGCUGGUUGUGGAGCUUAGAGUGGACAGGCUGUAUUCCGCUUGCGCAGCAGAGCGCUGUCCAACAGACACCGCUAAUGAGUGAGAGUUGGCCGGAGUUUUGUCGUAAGUGCGGCGAUCUUGGUCAGCUGGGCGAGGUGCAGAGGCCUUUUCAUCCGAAGCCAGAGGGCCAUAAGGCUAUCAAGGAUGCAUUGACGGCGGUGCUCAAAUCGGAGGGGUGGAUUGCUGAGGACGGUUCUGGGCUUGUGUGA